AAAGGGAACCAGAGGAAGUCCAAGGGGUGAGAGGGCUAAGAGGCUAUAAAUUCCUAGGAGGCGGGGGCUAUCAGGCGAGCACGUGAGCACGCACCCUUUCUCCCCGUUCUCCUUUAUCCUUAGGGGUUGGUAGCGGCGGGGACAGCCCGGGGUCGGUGUAUGGCCACGGAGUUACGGAGUCCGGACUCCAUGCCCUGUCACAACCAACAAGUAAACUCUGCCUCUACCCCAAGCCCCGAGGCGCUGCGACCUGGCGACCCGACCCCAGAUUAUGUGGGGGGAAACAGCACCUCCAAGGCCAAACCGACUCUCCUCACCAGUCACGCCCAUUCUAGUGUAUUGGGGGAGGGGAGCCCUCAGGCCUGCAGCAGCGCCAGCCUCAGCCAGGAGCACAACCAUGGCAGUGGCAACUAUGUCGCAUCGGCCGGGGACUCCUUCCUAAGGGACAGCCAACUCUCCUGGCAGAUUGGGGCUCAGCUUAAGCUGCUACCCAUGAAUGAGCAGAUCCGGGAGCUGCAGACCAUCAUCCGAGACAAGUGAGCCAAGAACUGA